AUGAGUGGCAAAAUUACAAUCUUCGUCCUAUUACUUUUUCUUCCUAUUUCUUCUACUUCUUCGUCUGACGACGUUCUGUUACUCUCGAAAAAUGAGACCCUUGCAUCUCCUGGAGAUGUCUUCGAGCUCGGUUUCUUCAAUCCUGGUAAAGUUUCCAACUGGUAUCUCGGUAUCUGGCUCAAGCAAGACCCCGACAGAACCGCUUUAUGGGUCGCCAACAGAGAUCAUCCUCUCCUCGGAUCCCACGGAACACUCAGAUUCUUCAACAGUAACCUCAUCCUCUUUGAUCGAAAUAACAAUCAUGUCUGGUCAACAAGUAUAGACGGGACUGUGAGGCGUGAUGUUGUGGUAAAGCUUCUCAAGAACGGUAAUUUGGUGGUGAAGGAGGCCGCAAGCGACACGAAUCAAUUCUUAUGGCAGAGUUUCGAUUUUCCUACUGAUUCUAUAUUCUCCGGAAUGAAGAUGCGUACUGGAACUGGCAAUAAACUUAAAUCAUGGAUUAAUCCUAAUGAUCCGUCCACCGGUGUUCACUUUUUGGGAGUUACAGAGGAAAUAUCGGGCUUUUGGUUUUAUGAAGAGCAAGAAUAUGGGACAGAGAUUAACCUUGUUGAUUUAUGGAAUGGAUACAGCUUCGGAGAUAUGCCACCGAUUUUUCAAGUAGAAGGUGACACGAGUUCACAACAGCAAUCACUUGUAAUGACAACCAACCAUGGAAAAUUCUCUAGGUUGAGGUUAGGGCCCGAAGGAAUCUAUGAAGUAUACACGUGGUUCUCUAAACAUCGAGAAUGGAACUUAUCAUGGUCAGUUAAUGAUUCGUGCUUCUUGAUUAGCUCAUGUAAAUCGUACAGCUUCUGCUCCGCAUACACAACGCCCAGAUGCAAUUGUAUCGAAGGAUUUAGUCAGAAGUUGGAUAUUACGUGGACCGGAUGUACGAGAGUGACUAAUAUGAGUUGCAGUCAAGAUCGGUUUACUACGCUUCAUAACAUGAAACUGCCGAAUGUUAGAGAUGUUCAGGUGAGUUGGAGUAGUGACUUGCAGAACUGUGAGGAGAAUUGCCUUGCAAAUUGCCAUUGCACGGCAUGGUUUGUGGAAAGCGAAGAAGAACGGCACGGGAAGUGUGUGACAUGGUAUGGAGAGCUCGAAGGUAUGCGAAACUAUACCUUCGGCGGUCAUGACCUGCAUGUCAGAAUUGCUCCUACGGAUCACGGAGUCGGUUAG